AUUUUGUCAUUCAAUUCAUUCAUUAUUCGCUUAGUAUAGCGAAAGAGAAAAUUUUUUACAAGAAGUGAGUUGUGCGAUCGAAGCUUUAAGAGUAUAUAGUAAAAUUGGAAUUAUUUCGUGAAGAAAGUGCGGACGAAAGGGAGAUAUAAAGUGAAGAGUUUAACAUUUUCUGAAGAGAAUCGUUUUUUGAUUAUAUAGCGAGCAAAUCUUUAAGAUGAAUUCAAUCAUCAGUAAUAUACUGAAAGUCAAAUUUGUGACAAUAUUUUGCAUAUUCAUACUGUUGUGCAUGCUGAGCAUAAACACAUGCCAAUGUCGACCGGAAAGACGUCAUCGUCACGGUCACAAACAUCUGCACACAACGACAACCACAACACCCGAAACGGAAGAAAUCAAUGCAACAGAAUCAGAGAGCCAGAUCCGAAAGUGUUUCGACGAUCCGACAACGAUGGAUCUGUGCCAGCGUUGUGCGAAAGAAACAAAAUCACGAACCGUAUUCCCAAUGUGCUGUUCGAAUGAAGAAGGUGUGAAAGACUGGUGUGAGGCGUACAUUUAUUUUGGUCAAUAACGUUAACAUAAAUCAAUUGGAGCGCCGGUACUUGGUAGAUUAUAUAUCUACACCUUCCUCUAGCUGCUAUUAUUUCGUCGGAAUGAAGUUGUCAAUGGGCGGGCUUGAUUUAGUUAGGUAAAUUGUGUAA